CAUCAGCACAAGGUACCAAAUUAAUCAGCUGCAAAAUGUCAAUGCCAACAGUGAAGGCAUUAGUAAAUGUGAAAAAUUUACCAAUAGCAACAUUAAUUAACGACAACACUAUGAGUAACAAGACAUCAUUAACAAAAGCACCAUUAGGCUACAACAAGUAA